AUCAGAUAAUCACAUCCUGUACCAUCCUCGUGACUUAAACACACAGUAUAAAAUAUAAAAGCAGGUCUCUUUUUAGCGAUUCACAAAUUCUUCAUUGAAAUUCUGAAGGCGACGAUCAGAAAACCAAGGUUCAUCAUGGCAGUGCUGAGAAGUCUUCUGCUUCUUUUCAUUAUGUAUUCCGUUGUGAAUGCGGAAGAUGAAAAAUGCCCCAAUGGAUGGACAAAUUUCGGAGUCAAAUGCUACAAGUACUUCUCUGAUUCAGUUAACUGGGUCACUGCAGAGAAAACCUGUCAAAAGUAUGAUGCGAAUCUCGCAUCUGUGCGUAAUAAACUGGAAAAUGAUCUCCUGCUAAGCCUAGUGCCCUCUAACAUACAUAUUUGGGUUGGCGCUCAAGAUGCUGAACAAGAAGGACAGUGGAUUUGGAGCGAUGGAAGUCCCUUUGACUACACCAACUGGUGCUAUGGAGAACCCAACAACGCAGGAAAUACAGAGAACUGCGUGGAGCUGGCCUAUAGCUCUAAUCGUUGCUGGAACGAUCUGACAUGCUCAGUACAAUUCGCCUUUGUUUGUGCUAAAAACCUGUGAGAUCACAUGCAGUCAUCCUGCUCCACAGUUACGUGAUUGUACUACAUACAUUCACUUUUUCUGAUCUUAUCCUUUGUUAACAUGUUAAUCUGAAAUGAAACUUGCCUAAAACACUCCUCUAAUCAAUAAAAGGAUUGAUAAAGCA